AGCAAACGAGGAAGCUAGUCAGUCAGUUUCUCACAUGUACACAAAAUACACACACCACGAUGGCUUCUUUAAAAAAUAAAAAGGCCGUCGCAAGCAGCAAGCAAGACGACACUAAUUCCAACGUUCCAGAAGGAGAAGACAAAGAGUUCUGUCCUGGUUACGAAGACGUCGAUGCUUUCGUUAAAUAUGGGUUGGGCUCAGUGUUGUUGGCCACCAAAGCAUCUGGCGGCCUGCCUCAAGCUGGAGACGACUUUGAUUUCUAUCGGAGCUUCCCCGGUUUUCAGGAAUUCUGUGAAGUUCAAGGAGAUCAGCUCUUGCUUUGCAUGAGUCAGAUCAUGCAACAUCACAGCUGCCGAUCUCGCAUGAGAGACUGCGAUAAGCUCACCGGGCUGGAGGAGAGGUUUGACUUGGUUGUGGACUCCAACGAUGUAAUCCUAGAGAAAGUGGGGAUUCUUCUGGAUGAGGCUGAUGGCGUGAACAGGAGCCAGCAACCUGUCAUGCCCGCAGGCUUUCAGCCUCCCAAGAUUGUCGUCUCCAGCUGGAAUCGCAAGGGUUCGAGUUCUGGAAGUCGCUCUGAGACGUUCAGACUGCUCCAAGCCAAGAAUAUCCAAAGGCCUCAGCUGAAAUUCAAGGAGAAAGUUGACAAUAGCAACACACCAUUUAUUCCCAAAAUUUUCAUCAAGCCCAAUGCGCUCAAACCACUUCCCUCAUAUUUCACCACCAAACACAUGCGGAAAGAGAGACCGGAAGAUCUAGAUGUCCCGGCGGCGCUGGCUGACUUUAUUCACCAUCAGCGAACACAAGAACACAUCGAAGACAUGUUUGCACACCCUUACCAGUUUGAAUUGGAUCAUCUUACAGUGCCUGAUAGCCUUCUGUCCAAGACGGAGCCCAAGAUGUACAAACCUAUAGAAGAGACUCCCUGCUCGUUCAUUGAGACACUGGAAGAUCUAGUGGCUCUGAGUGAGAAGCUCAACGAGGUGUCUGAAUUUGCAGUGGAUCUCGAGCACCAUUCAUACAGGAGCUUUCUGGGAGUUACCUGUCUGAUGCAGAUUUCCACCAGAGAGCAGGACUUCAUCAUUGACACCUUGGAGCUCCGCAGUGAGAUGUGCAUCCUGAAUGAGUCCUUCACCAACCCCUCUACAGUCAAAGUGUUUCACGGAGCAGACUCGGACAUGGAGUGGCUCCAGAGGGACUUCGGCUUGUACGUGGUCAACUUGUUUGACACGCACCAGGCCAGUCGAGUGUUGAACCUGGCCAGAAAUUCGCUUGACCACCUGCUCAAGCACUACUGUGGCACAGAUGCGGAUAAGCGCUAUCAACUCGCUGAUUGGAGGAUCCGGCCCCUGCCGGAUGAGAUGGCACACUAUGCCCGCAGCGACACCCACUAUCUCCUCUACAUCUAUGACUGUAUGAAGGCGCAGCUCUUGGACUUCAACCAUGGCCAGCCCGGUCUACUGCAGAGUGUCUGGAACAAAAGCAAAGACAUUUCCCUGAAAAAAUAUGCAAAGCCAAUAUUCACUGAGGAAUCUUAUCUGGAGGUCCAGAAGAAGCAGAAAAGGUCUUUUAACACCCAACAGCUCGCUGCCUUCAGACUAUUGUUCGCCUGGAGGGACAAGCUGGCUCGGCAGGAAGAUGAAAGCACUGGAUAUGUCUUGCCCACCCACAUGAUGAUCAAGAUAUCUGAGGAGCUGCCCAAAGAGCCUCAGGGCAUCAUUGCCUGCUGUAACCCUGUCCCCCCGAUGGUGAGGCAGCAGGUCAAUGAGCUCCAUUUAUUAGUGCAGGAGGCUCGAGAAAUGCCUCUCCUCAAGGCUGAAAUUGCGACGCCAAAAUCAAAAGGACUCACACCAACAAGGACGACAAAGGUUACGUUGUUUGGCCCUCAUGAUACAUCCAGGGUUCACAUUGCUGAUGAUGAGCUGCCUGUUAAACAAGGAGUGCUCUUCUCUGAUGACGACCACAAGUCUGACAUGGAUGUUGAGAAAAUACGUAGUCUUGUGGCAUCUGCCAAAAUUACUUUGUUUGAGGAGCCCGAAGCAAAAAAAAUCCUAGAGUCCCUUUCUGUGGCUCAAAUGAAAGCUAGACGUAUUAUCGAGUCCUUUGAAAACCCUUUUCGAAUGUACUUGCCUUCCAGUGGCGUGCACGUCAAUGAGAAUGCAAAGUUAGACCCUUCUUCAAAGAUAUUUGAGAUCAGUCAAAGAUGGAAACUGCGGAGUAUGGAACAACAGCAGAGGGAGCUGGAGUUAGCAAAGAAAGCCAAGGAGGAAGCAAAGCAACAGGCAAAGAAGGCAGCAGAGGAACGACGGAAGGCUAAAGAAAGCUACAAAGAGUCCCUGCAGAAUGUGGCCACCGUACGCCAGCAAGCUGCUGAAUGUGCAAAAGUGGAUGGAAAGAAACGUGAGAGGGUCCCCAGUGAGCCUGGAGAGUCGACUCCCAAGCCGAGUAAGAAACUGAAAUCAGCAGAGAAGAAACAGACCAAAGCUUCUCCUCAAGAAAGCUUCAAGCCUUUUGACUACAGUCAGUCAGACCUCAAAGUGUUUUCCGAUACUAAAUCAAAGGACAACUCACAGUUUGAUCCAAACAGGCAAGCCUGUGACCCUAAGAAAAAGAAAAUGGCGGGUGGGAAAAAGAGUCAUUCAGGUGCUGGAAAUAGAAGUAUGUCAUACCUAGCCGGAACCUCAAACAGAGGAUUUCGACACAACUGGCCCAAAAGAUAGAGAUGUUCUUUUAUGCCCUGGGAUUUUAUCAUUUUUUUAUUUCAAUUUUUUUUCCUCAUCUGUAGGAGUGUUUUCCUUGUGAAUACAUAUUAAAAAAAUCUGUUAAUAAAAAUCGAUUGGCUGUCA